UUCGGGUCUGAGAGCGAAAUCGCAAUCAUGGCCUCAGGUUUAGUCAUGUCAGGAUUCACCAGUCCUAGGAAAAGAAUAUACUCGACUAGUGAUGCUCAUAGUUCUCCACAAUCUCGUGAACAUGAUUGGCAUCAUCAUACCUGUGCCGGAAAAAAGGGUUCCCCGUCCUCCUCCAUCCUCUGUCAACAUAAGGAAAUCCACAACUACAUGAAAUUCGACGCAAUGGUAUUUUAUGGUAGCCAUGGCAUUAACCAAACUGAUUUCAUGGCUGGAGGUAAUGCGAUCUCUUUGGACUUGAUAGUUUCUUUCAUUUGGUAUCAGAGCGAUACCUUUUGACUAUGUUAUCCUUCGGUUUGUAUGUCUGUAAUAUUUGUUCAGCGACUGUGUUGCCGUUCUUUUUCUGGCAUAUAAUAUCUGUUUAGCGGCUAUGUCGCCGUUGUCUUUUUAGCCUGUAUCCUUUAUGUUCUAUUUGUUCUGUAUUAUUUUUGGUCGGUGUGUUUCAGUUUGUAAUAUUUUUUCGGUACUGUUUUAUCGUUUGGUUACGUUGGCCGGAAUGAAGUGGUAGAAUACUACACCUAUAAGGAUUGCGAUGAAUAAAGUGUUCAGACCCGAGCGGUUUAACGACUGCUUUAAAUAUGGGAGAAUGUCAUCGUGAAUUUAUACAGUGGGAACAACGUUGGCCUUUUUGAUGGUAAAAGUGAUUCAGACUCGAGCGGUUUCACGACUGCUUUAAAAAAGGGUGAAUCUUAUCAUAAGACCAUAAAGAUUUGUUUUAUAAUGAAUUUUUAUUUAUGCAGAAUACUUUG